UGUGUCUACUCUGAAGUUUUCUUCAGUUUCUUCUUCUUUUUCUUUAGGACCCAGUUUCUUUUACCAGUAAAACCAGUCGAACAAUGGUUCCUUGUUCGAAAUUGCUUAUGGGUUUCAUUCUCCUUUUCCUGUUUGUCGCUUCUGCACUAGGAAUCUCCUCGGUUUCGUCCUCUAAUGGCACAACAGUCUACGAAAUCCUGACCCAACAUGGUCUCCCGAGUGGCCUCUUACCUGACUCGGUGAAAAAUUUCUCCAUCUCUGACGAUGGGAGUUUCGUCGUGGAAUUGGAGAAGCCCUGUUACGUUCAGUUCGAGUACUUGGUCUAUUACGACCAGAAGAUUACCGGUACGAUCAACAUCGGUUCGAUAACGAAUCUUGACGGGAUUGAGGUGAGGCGGUUCUUCUUGUGGCUUGACGUCGAUGAGAUCAGGGUGGAUUUGCCGCCGAGCGAUUACAUAUAUUUUCAGGUCGGGAUCAUCAACAAGAAGCUUGAUGCUGACCAGUUCCAGACUGUGCACGCUUGCAAGGAUGGUCUCUCCCGUCAAGGUUCUUGGAAGGAUAUUCUGAAGGUAAAAGGUUGCAACUCCCAUUAAUGAAGUCCCAAUGCUUCUAACCGAGUAAGGAAAGGCCAAAUCAACUGUUUUAUAAUUACAUAAUUAUAGGUACUCUGUGAUGUGCUGGACUUUGUUGUAAGAGUCUUUGUACCCUUAAAGCCACCAGAAGCAGGUGGACCAAUAUAUGGUUAUAUGAGGGUUUGUAAGUUGUACAAUCUGAGUCCUUGUAAUGUUUUUAGUCAGCCUUUGUUU